CAAAUCCAGAUCACCAUUCAUUCUGCUGUUAGGAAACAAGUAAGACUUUCUAUUGGCAUUAGAUCAUACAUGUUUUCCAGUGACCAGAAACUUACAUCCAACAUGCUCCACUGCCUCUUAGCUCUUUUGUUCCCCCUGGUGGUGAACUCACACCCCGUCGGUCGAAGCCUGCUGCCCUUGGACUGUGAGGACAUCUACCAAAAUGGAUCAGUGCAUAACGGGGUUUACACCAUCUACCCGACAACCGCCGACAAGCCUGUGGAGGUGUACUGUGACAUGGGGUGUACAGAGGACGAGAACCACGAGGACGGGCAAUGGACGGUGAUCCAAAGAAGAAUGGAUGGCACUGUAAACUUCUACCGGCCCUGGAAUCACUACAAGAGGGGCUUUGGGAACAAGAACGGAGAGUACUGGCUCGGUCUGGAGAAUAUUUUCAGACUCACCUGGAUAGGUAAGUACGAGCUGCGGGUGGACAUGGAGGACUGGGAGAGAGGCAGCGUCUACGCCCACUAUUCGGCCUUCUCUAUCGACUCGGAAGAUGAGGGCUACACACUUCGCUUGAGCGGAUAUGUCGAUGGUGGAGCGGGUAAUUCUCUGCAACGAGUGAAUGGGAAGAAGUUCUCAACCUACGACAAAGAUCAAGACACUAUUAACUACAGCAACUGUGCAGAGACGUACCAUGGUGGCUUUUGGUAUGACUACUGCCAUUUAGCUAACCCUAAUGGGCUGUACAAAGGGAAGGGACGAGUGGCAGGCUAUACAGGAAUCAUAUGGUACCACUGGAAAGCCAGUGAAUACUCUCUUAAGUCCAUCACGAUGAAAAUCAAGAGGGUGUCCUUGUCUGUGGAGUGAUUUGUAAUCUCUCUCCCUCUCUCAGACCCCAUUCUUACAUAUUAUAUACAUUAAAGGGAUAUUCCGCCAUUUUUGGAAAUAAGCUCAUUUCCCACCUCCCCUCGAGCAAAACAAUCAAUAUUUACCUUGUUCCCGUUCAUCCAGCCAUUCUGUGAGUCUGGCGAUACAACUUUUAGCUUCAGCCUAGCAUAGAUCAUUGAAACGGAUUAGACCAUUAGAUUCUCGCCUGCUAGCUUCAUGUUUAAAAGUGACUAAGAUUUCCGGUAAUUUUCCCAUUUAAAACAUGUCUCCUCUCAAGUUAGAAAGUGCAAUAAGACCAACUGAAAAUGAAACCUGGCGUUUUUCUAGGCUGAUUUGACAUGGAACUACACUCUCAUCUGGCGUAAUAAUCAAGGCAACUUGCAAACUACUGGCACUACUACUGCUUGUUGUCUAUGGGGACUAUUUUCAGAUGCUGCGUACGAUAUCACUGUGUUUGCAAGUUGCCUUCAUUAUUACCAAUUUACCAUUGAUUAUCAUUCCAGUGGAGUGAAUGCGUACAAAAAACAUCAGAGGCUUCUCUCCCUCACUCUCUAGAAACCAAUCACAAGAAUAACGUUAUUAAAACCUCUUUUUCUGUUAAA